CUAAACUUCUAAACUAUGAAGAUGUGACAGAGGGGAAGUCUCCAUCAAGUAUGUGGAUAUGCUGGAAAGUGACCUAUUUGUUGUUUUUUUAUGGAGAAUUUUGUUCUUCUGAAAAUCAACUUAAACCUGGACUGACCUCAAUUGCUGGACUACAGGGAAGAUCUAUUAUGUUUCCCAUACAGAUCUCUGAUGGCUAUGUGAAGAAUGAAAGAAGAGACACCAUUGCAGCUCUCUUUGAAGGCAAAUUUAAAAUUGACGACGAACAUUUUGGAAAUCAUAUACGCUGGCACAACGAGACUCGAUACAUCUCUUUUUAUGACUUAAGGACUGGCGACUCAGGCACAUAUAUCAUAGAGUACACUGCAAACAAGACAAGAAUAAAUAACUAUUUUCAGAUAACUGUAUAUGAAGAAGUUCCCCAGCCUCAGGUGUCACUAUAUGAUAAUCGUUCCUGUACAUGGCAGUGCUCUGUGGAGAACGGCAGAGAUGUGAACUUGACCUGGUAUAAAGAGAAUGUGCGCCUGAACUGGACCAGUAACCCUGACAACAACAUCAGUCUCAGUCUUCAUCUUAGAGCUGAACAUUCUUCCACUUAUGAGUGUGUGGCUUCCAACCCUGCCAUAAAUCAGACAACACAGCUAUUGCACAGUGAUACACAACACUGUUUUGCAUCUCCAGACCAUGGACGAAAACAUGACUCCAUAAUAAUCUCUGGGAUUUUGAGUGUUUUCUGUGUGACAAUAGUUGGAGGCCUUUUUCUCUUUCUAAGGAGAAGGAGGCGAAAUGAAUACAUACAAGCUCAAUCUGCAAAUGAAGAAUCACAAAAUGAAGUUCAGUACUCUGAGGUAUUGCACAAUGAUAUAAGGCUAACACAGGGACUCAGACCCCACGUACCAGAACUGGCUACCGAAGGAGAAGAGCCGCCAUUAACCUCCAUCUACGCCAAAAUUCAACCCCACCCCCCAGAGGCCACUGGCACAGGCAGGAAUGCGACGGGGAGUGGAAGUGCUGUCUUGGGACGCCUCUGAAAGUCAUUUCACUGCUUUGUACUGUGCACUCUGCAAAUGCCAUAGCCAGCCAUACAUGUAGGCUUCAUCAAAAAGUGCUGGAGGGUAAGAGAUAAGUUAAAAUAGUUUCCUAGCUUAAGGCAAUAUAUCUAUUGAAUUAUUUAUAGCACGUUAUUUAAAAGCUAUUUUGUCCAAUGCCUAGUCAUAGUGAGGGCUCUGUUUUCACUGGAACUUAUUAUUCAGAGGCAGAGAAAAGAGCAAACGUUUUGUCACAUGUAUAUAUUUGUCGCAUCAAAUUGCUAUAUUCAGCACAACUCUAGGCCUACCACAACGUUAGGUAUUCAUCCGGAAAAGUGGCCAUGACUCUACUGCUAUGAAUGAGAUAAACCACAAAUUUGGGUCAUACUGUACAUUUCAUUUGGAAGAUAGUUUGAGCCAGGGUGACAGUAUAAAGAAGUCAUGAAAGUGCAGUAAAAGCACGAACAUACUGAUUUAAGGAUGGGAGCAGGACUAAAAGCAAAGUAGUAAGUAAAGGAAAAGUCAUUUAAUCAUUUAACAAAAGUCAUUCAAUCAUUUAAUAAUAAAAAACGUGAUGUUUUGAGUCUACCAACCUUUCCUCAGAUAGGCCCAAAACGUUUUUAUGUUUUUAUUAUUAUUAUUAUUAUUAUUAUUAUUAUUAUUAUCAAAUGACCAAAAUUUGGUUGCAGCAAACUUUUCCUUUACUUUGUAUAAAGAAGUCAGACAUUUAGCUUGAGUCAUGCUAGGAAGCUUAACUCAUCACCCAAGCCAUGCUAUCUGGCUUUAACAUCUAGCAGUGUAGUCACUGCUAUGAAUGAGAUAAACCACAAAUAUGGGUCAUACAUUUCAUUGGGAAGAUACGUAGCUUGAGCCAGGGUGACAGUAUAAAGCAAAGAUGCUAUACAGAGCUCUGUUCUAGAAUCUUUGGUAUAAAGAAGUCAGACAUUUGAGUAGUGCAGCAAAGAUCCUUCAUUACUCCGCUUUGACCCUCUCUGAGUGCAGUCAGUGGUAAUUAGACUACAAGGCUCAUUGACAUACGCCUCGUUCCUGUUUCCAUGGGGAUUUCAGUUGGUCUCAUUUGUUUAUUAGCAGGAUGUGCCCUUCAGCUGUCCGUUGUAGACACACCUGCUCACAGGGGAAUUCCUGUUUCCUUUAUCCUGUCAGUUUAAACAUCCGUCUCCCAUUUAAACUGAAACAUGAGUAUCUUAUCACCCAUUCACAACCAUUUCAAUAAAAGAGACUUAUCUGCU